ACCGCCCCCGCGCCCGCCUCAUCGGUCCAUCUAGUCCAACUGCGCCACCGCAGAUCCGCGAUUGCCAGCAGCACCAUCUCCGAAUCGCCUCCCUAGGGUUUCCCCUCCAGCGGCGGCCGGCUCGACCGUACUCCGUUCGUCAGCAAUGGCUAAGCAAGCUGGGAAUUCUGUGGGUGGUGUUCUUCCCCAUCCCCAUGUGAUUGGAAAUGCAUUUGCCCAACACUACUACAAAAUUCUGAAUGAGUCACCAGAGGAUGUCCAUAAGUUCUAUCAUGAUGACAGUAUUCUUGGUCGGAAGCCAAAUUCUGAUGGUAAAUUGACAUCUAUAACCACAAUGCGUGAUAUCAAAAAACACUUUGUAUCUACAUACCUCAAGGGAUGUUCGAUGCAGAUAGACAAUGUAGAUUCUCAGCCAUCCCACGAGGGCGGUGUGCUCGUUUUAGUUAGUGGGUCUUUUACUGUCCCUGAUGCCAUGAAUCGUAGAUUUACUCAGUCGUUCUUCCUUGCUCCACAAAAAGGAGGCUAUUUUGUUCUGAAUGAUGUGCUUAGAUACAUUCCAGUUGAGCCAGAAACACCACCUGUCAAGGUUCCAGAGCCUCCGUUGAUAGAUUAUUUCUGGGUAUGAUGAUAUCGCCGGUGAAGUCAUAUGAAUCAAUCUACAGUGAAUGACAGAUAGUCACGUCUCGGCGGUGCACUACUAGCUUUUCUUACAGAAUGCAAGUUUAUCCAUCUAUAGAUUAGGUUUGCUUAAUUGCUUUUGCAACAAAUGGGUGCGAAAAGUUGAUCAUUUGCGGAUGUCUUAGCAUUGUACAUACAUUAUGAGUGACUUGUUUGCAGCUUUCAGUCACACCCACUA